AUGGCCACCGGCAUCUCGACCCCUAUCACGGGCACGUCCACCCCGGCCCGCAAGAUCUCCCACCCGCUUCACGACCAGCCCCUCGCCGAGCCCCAAGUCACGCCGGCCAAGGAGGACGACACCAGUGCUCUCGAGGCCAUGCGCGCCGGCAAGCCCUACAUCGCCGGCGACGCGUACCUGGACAAACUGCGUAACCAUGCCCUCGCGCUGCUGCAGAAGGGCAACAUGGAGCUCGACAUGGGGCGGCGUAUGGCGAUGUGGAAUGGAUUCCUCGACCUCAGGUAUCAGGACAGGAAGAGGAUCUUCAUUGCCGCACCCUUCUUGUGCGAAUAUGGAUUCAACGUCUCGAUUGGCGACGACGUGUUUAUCGGCCCAAACGCUACAUUUUUGGACGUUUGCCCGAUCCGCAUUGGAAACCGCACGAUGAUCGGCGCAAAUGCGCAGUUCUACACCCCGCAGCACCCCAUCAUGCCCGAGGAGCGCGACGGUCUCGACGGCGCAGAGUGGGCUUCCCCAAUCACCAUCGGUGACGACGUCUGGGUCGGCGGCGGCGUCAUCAUCCUUGGCGGCGUCACGAUUGGCGACGGGUGCACGAUCGGCGCUGGGUCCGUUGUGACCAAGGACGUGCCGCCUCGCUCAGUGGUGGUUGGGAACCCCGGUCGGGUCGUUAAGACUCUUCCUCUGCCUGAGAAGAAGGAUGAGAAGAAGGAGGAGGCGAAGUGA